CAGGCCAGCAGUGAGGACCUGUUCCUGCCCUCCUGUCAGGAUGAGGAGCUGGUGGACACCCUGUGCUGUGAGGACUCUGACAGUGGAGGGGAUCUGUCCCUGACCAAGGCCCUGCAGCCCCUGGUGGACUUGCCUCACCCUCUGGAGGUCCCCUGGGGGUCCUCCACCCGCUACAAGACGGAGCUGUGCACCAGCUACUCUGCUGUGGGCUCGUGCAGCUACGCCGAGCGCUGCCAGUUCGCUCACGGCCUCCACGAGCUGCACGUGCCGUCCCACCACCCCAAGUACAAGACGGCCUUGUGUCGCAGCUACCACACGGCCGGCUACUGUUACUACGGCAACCGCUGCCUGUUCGUCCACAGCCCCUCAGAGCGGCGGCAGGUGGUCCGCCGCCGCAGGAACGUGCCCUGCCGCACCUUCAGCUCCUUCGGCGUAUGUCCCUUCGGCACGCGCUGCAACUUCCUGCACAUGGAAGAGGAGGCUCUGGCUGAUGGGGAGAAGACCCCCCAGGUGCAGCCUCGGGAGUGGAAGCCCCGGGGGGCUCUGUGCCACACCUUCAGCUCCUUCGGCUUCUGCCUCUACGGCACGCGCUGCCGCUUCCAGCAUGGCCUGCCCAACAAGACCCGCAGCUCCCAUCUGUCCCUGCCCUCGGACCGCACCUCCUCCAACAACUCCACCUGUUCGUCCCCGCUGUCCGCCUCACCUGGGACCACCCCGUCCCCGGACAUGGCGGUCCACAACGCCUUCACCUUCUCCAGCCAGCACCUGAGCGACCUGCUGCUGCCGCUGGCCCUCCACCUGCAGCAGCUGGAGGGGUCCAAGUCCCAGGAGGUGUGGGACAGCYGGGCCCUGUGAGGCUGCAGCCAGGGGACUAAACACCAGCACUACUCUUUAUUUUAUUUUUGAUCUCUAUUGAGGGUAUUUAGCUGUGUGUAGCUCCUUCUUUUGUUUUUUKUUUUUUUUUUUUUUUAUUGGAUCUUUGACUUGUCUGUCGGCAGGUCGAGGUAGACACAAACUUCCUGUUCAAGUUGAACAGGUCCAGCUCUUUUUACAUUAUUUUUAACUGUAUUGUCAGUAAGUUGUAUAAAUUUGUCUAAACUUGACAUUGUAAAUAAAUUUUUAAACUACAUUAAA